ACCCCAUGGUGACUGUCAACUGGAACUUAUCGCAAAGACUAAAAGCCGCAUUUGAAAUCUCGGUUAAGGGACAAAUUCAAUGGCCAUAAAGGGCUAUAAUUGCGAGUCCUCUCUCGUCCAACCCAGGUCGAUCUUCAUGAUCUUUAAAGCCUUCGUCCGACAGUGUCGUGAAAUACGCCAUGCAUGUUUUACGGCAGGUUCCUCUCGGCCCAGUUCAGGAUGGGGGAGUUUUCGGCGGUGCGCAUGCGUGUGACAGAAAGACGGGCGCCGUUUGAUGAGGUCAUCAGGCGUUGUCGGUGCAGUCCCAUUGGAAGUCCACGUGGGAAGGAGCAGAGGAGUGUGUUUUUGAAGAGAUGUCAUUUCGAGGAAGAGGUGGUGGUAAUCGGGGCGGAGGCUUCAAUCGGGGCGGUGGUGGCUUCAGAGGGGGCCGAGGUGGUGGAAGAGGUGGAUUUGGCCGAGGAGGGGGCCGAGGAGGCUUCAACAGAUAUGAUCAAGGACCCCCAGAAAGUGUUGUUAUUCUGGGAGAGUUUAUGCACCCGUGUGAAGAUGACAUUGUUUGCAAAUGUAUAACUCAGGAAAACAAAGUACCUUAUUUCAAUGCACCAGUCUAUUUAGAAAAUAAAGAGCAGAUUGGAAAAGUGGAUGAAAUAUUUGGGCAACUCCGAGACUUUUAUUUUUCAGUGAAAUUGUCUGAAAACAUGAAAGCGUCUUCCUUUAAAAAGUUACAGAAGUUCUUUAUCGAUCCAGCAAAAUUGCUCCCUCUGCAGAGAUUUUUGCCAAGGCCUCCUGGUGAGAAAGGACCUCCAAGAGGUGGAAGAGGAGGGCGUGGAGGCAGAGGUGGAGGCAGAGGUGGUGGUGGAAGAGGUGGAGGUGGUUUCCGGGGUGGCAGAGGUGGCGGUGGAGGGUUCAGAGGCGGCGGCGGAGGGUUCAGAGGUGGACGAGGCGGAGGUGGUGGCCGUGGAUUUAGAGGUCGAGGGCGUUAAAUGAAGAUUUGAAAAACAGAUUCUGGAGUCGUCGCCAGGAUAACAGAAGUGGAUUUCUUGUAAAGUUGAAUGCUGUAAAACAGGCUUUUCCAGCUUUUCAAUAGACUAAAAGAAGGAAGCGUUAUCUUACCUCUGGCUCAUGGAUAACUGUUAAGAAAGGUUAUUGAAGAACUGCAGAGAUCUUAUAGUUCUGACCUUGAAAUACAUUUGGACUUCCAUGUUUUUAUCAAACAUGUAAUAAAAUGUUAUUUUUUUAAGAAA